AUGGAGAAGCACAACGACCUUUUGAAGGAGAUUCAAGAAAACCCAACAGACUUAAACGCAAUAGCUGACAAGAGACGCAGAGACUUCACUGGAGAGUUUUUCCGAUAUGUCGCGUUGUUAUCAGAGACUCUUGAUGGCUUAGAAGACAGAGAUGGUGUUGCAAGGCUUUCAGCUAGAUUUUUAUCUGCUGUGAGUGCUUAUGACAAUACCUUGGAGACUGUUGAGACUCUAGAUGCUGCUCAAGCUAAGUUUGAUGAUAUCUUAAACUCUUCUUCCGUGGACGUCGCUUGUGACAAGAUCAGAAGCCUCGCAAAGACCAAGAAGCUUGAUUCCUCAUUGAUCUUGCUAAUAAACUCUGCUUAUGCUGCUGCUAAAGACUCUCAAACCGUUACAAACGAGGUACACAACAUAUCACCAAACACAAAAAAGCUCUGUUCUUCACAAUCUUCUCAUUCACAAAUCAAAGCUACAAAGAGCGGCCUUAGAAGCAUCACUCCCAAAGAAAUCAAACUUCUCAAGUACUUGCUCAACAUUACAGACCCUGAAGAACGAUUCUCUGCUCUAGCUACUGCAUUCUCUCCUGGCGAUGACCACCAAGCUAAGGACCCUAAAGCUUUAUACACGACGCCGAAGGAGCUGCAUAAGUGGAUAAAGAUAAUGCUUGAUGCAAAACUGACAUUAGUGAAGCUAAACCAUCGAAGAGGAGUAUACACGAUUGUUCCUGAAGAAAAUUCCAAGAAGGAAGACGACACUACCAAUCGUUAUCCAGCGGCUUUUCGUCCUCAAGGAGACGAUCGAAGAGGAGUAUCUAGACAAGAAAGCCCUUGUUCCCGACGAAAAUCCGAAGAAGGAAGAAGACGAUACUACUUCUGUUGA